CGCCGCCCCCCGCCGUCCCCGCGGGCAGCGGCAUCGCGGCCGUUCGGGCCGCCGCCGCGGGCGGCGCCGCCCAGGACCUCCCCUGACGUUGCCGCCGCCGCCGCCGCGUCGGGCAGUGCCGCCGCAGCAGGCGAAGCCGCGGCGGAGAGGAGCAGCAGCCGGCGGCCCACAGAGGGCGUGCACGUGCAGGAAACGGGGAACAGCAGGCGCAUCGAGGAGGAGGCAAUUAGCAAGCUCGAACGUUUGGGAUAUCCACGCGAAGAGAUCGUGCGGCAGCUGAAAGACGAGUCCUCGCAUCUAUGCAAGCUGUACCACCGCUUCCUCAAGGCGCUGACGGCCUGGGACAAGAAGUGACCGCCGCCUGCCGCCCCUCUUCGCCGCACCGCGGUCAGGGCAGGCCCCCGGCCCAGGCGUCCGAUGCUUUCUGCGCGGCCUCUUUGUCCUACCCGAGACGUCGCCACGUCACGAGCCUGCCGUACGCCCUGCAGGGCUGCUCACGGUCCAUGAAUCGAAGGACCUACUCUUGCAAACGCCUUCAUGCCCCUCGGAGCCGGCCGUGCGCGCACACCCGCCGAAUCUGGCCGCGGAUGCGCUGCACGCGCCGCUUCUCGAGUGCGGGCGGAACUGUCUCGGGGCCUCGACGUUUGGCCCGACAGGUGGUGCACGCUCCUCGCGCAGGCCGUGCGUGCGGGCGCGCUCUUUGCGUGCCCGCUCUGGAUGGUUUCACGGCAGCUGUUCUGUUGCGAGGCCCGGCCUCGCGACGUCGUGAUCUCUUCCAUGUUGCGUGCGUCUUCCCCAUCGACCCGGGCCUCCAGGGGCCCGAAACGGGCCCCAGGGGUCCG